AUGGCGUUCUCACUCUCCAUGAGUUUCUUGGUCGGUUCGCUCGCUCUGCUGCUCCUCGCGUCCACCGGCGAGGGCAAACUCGUGCUCCUGCCGGCCAAGUUUUCGCCGAACUACUACAAGAAGACGUGCCCGGACGUGCAGAACGUCGUGCGCACGGUGAUGGCGCGGAGGGUGGACAUGGCACCGGCCAUCCUCCGCCUCUUCUUCCACGACUGCUUCGUCAACGGCUGUGAUGCCUCGGUUCUUCUGGACCGGACGGACUCCAUGGAGAGCGAGAAGGACGCCGAGCCCGCCAACAAAUCCCUCGCCGGGUUCGACGUGGUGGACGAGAUCAAGGCGGCGCUCGAGCACGAGUGCCCGGCCACCGUCUCCUGCGCCGACAUCCUCGCGCUCGCCUCGCGCGACGCCGUCGCGCUCCUCGGCGGGCCGAGCUGGGGCGUGCCGCUCGGCCGCCUCGACUCGCGCCGCGCCAACAAAGAGGCCGCCGACGGCGACGCCCUCCCAAGCCCGCAUGCCGGCCUCGGCGAGCUCCUCAAGGUGUUCGAGGAGCACGGCCUCGACGCCCGCGACCUCACCGCGCUCUCCGGCGCGCACACCGUCGGCAAGGCCCACAGCUGCGAGAACUACAGGGACCGCGUCUACGGCGGCGAGGGCGCCAACGACAACAUCGACCCGUCCUUCGCCGCGCUCCGGCGGCACUCGUGCGAGCAGGGCAGCGGCGAGGCGCCGUUCGACGAGAAGACGCCGACGGUGUUCGACAACAGGUACUUCCAGGACCUGCUGGCGCGGCGCGGCCUGCUCACCUCCGACCAGGAGCUCCACACGGACGGUGGGCCGGUGAGCGACCUGGUGGAGCUGUACGCGACGAACCGCAAGGCGUUCUUCGCGGACUUCGCGGAGGCGAUGGUGAAGAUGGGGGACAUGCGGCCGCCGAUGCUGAUGCCGGUGGAGGUGAGGCUCAACUGCCGGAUGGUCAACUAUUGA